CCACGAUACCCUGUUGAUAUUCUGUCGUCAUGAAAUUACUAUCACUUGCAACAGCAGCAACGCUGCUCGCCGUCACCGUACAGUCGAUCCCCAUCGAUCAGACUGACCACUUCCAGCCAUUUUCGCAAGCAGAGACCAUACCCCUUGCAUACAUCACGACCGAGGAAGACUGGGGCCGUGGCAAGAAGACAGGAGCGUCGCAACUUCUCUGGGGCAAAUCAGGCCAAUGCAUCAGCUUUGAGAAGACAGACUAUGACCAACAAAUCUCCUCGUUCGGGCCAGAGCAAUUCACCACAUGUGUGGUUUACGAUAACACAUACUGUGACGGGCACUAUGAACCCGAGCAGAAGAUCAUGAUACUGAAUCCCGGCUACGCGAAGUUAUCCGAAAUAAACAAAAACGGCACGGCGAAGACGAACUGGGACAACAAGAUCCGAAGCGUGCUGUGCAUUUCGGGACGGCCUAGUGAGUAGUAGAGAGAAGGAGUCUUUCGACGAUUCGGGGAAAUGGUGGUCGGGAUCGAUGGAGAACUGCGUUGACCUGCCAUGCUUCAAAACCUGUGUGUUCAAGUCGUAACGGUAGCGCGCCUGCCUUGGACCGUGGGAUGCACUUUCUUUUUUGUUUCUGUUUUCAUUGCGGAAUUAGUUGCUUCGUUUGAAAAGUAUCUCCCAUUUCUCAAUCAUCAAUCUCUUGUGAUUUUUUUUUCAGAUGUGGAUGCUUCAGAGAUAUCGC